AUGCUAUUUCAUUUAGAAGAUCCCGGAAUGACAAGAGUAAAAUUGUCUCCCUAUGUGAGAGAACUUAAAUCUAAUAGAAUAUUUUUAACUGAUGUAGUGCAUGCUUAUGAUGACCAAUUAUUGUAUCAGUCUUCUCCAUUAGAAAUUCAUCUGUUAAUUGGAGCUGACGUCGCUGGUAAACUGCUCACAGGAGAGGGUAUUAUUGAGGAGGUCGAUACUUCAGAACCUGUACACUACUUACCUCAUCGCCCUGUUUUCAAAGAAAAUUCCACAACGAAGAUCAGGCUCGUCUUCGAUAGAUCUGCCCGAUACAAAAAUUCUCCAUCAAUAAAUAAUUGCUUAGAAAAGGGGCGCAAAUUGGUUGAACUUAUUCCCUCUCUUUUAAACAGGUUUAGAAUAGGAAACUAUGGAGUUAUUGCCGAUAUUGAGAAGGAAUUUUUGCAGAUACAACUCCAUGAAGAUGAUAGGCCUCAUUUGAAGUUUUUGUGGUGUCAGGGUGGGCAGAAAGAAAAUUUUAAAAUUUUCUUGCACCAAAGAGUAGUUUUUGGAAUAACUUCCAGCCCUUUCUUACUGGGAGUAACUCUUGAUUAUCAUCUGAAUAAUGCUCCCCCUGAUUACGACGAAACGGCUCGAAAUCUUUCGAAGAAUUUUUUUGUAGACAACUGUGUGCAUAGUGUUGAAAAUGAAGAGGAAUUAAUGAAAUUCAUACAUGAAUCGCAAGAGAUUUUUAAACCUGCAAAGUUCAACUUACGAGGGUGGGAGCAUACCUCCUUUGAAGAAAAUGAAUCUUACACAGGGCCACAAGAUAAUUGGCUCCAGAAACUCCAAAUAUUUACAGAUGAGAAUGGACUUUUCCGAAUUAAGACAAGACUGUCAUUAAAGGACGAUUAA